AUGCCACAUCAGAACUCGUCCUCACCACCACUACCUCGGCUACAACCUCCAGAAUCGGACGAGUGGUAUGCCAAAGUCAAGGCUGUGCCUCACAGUUCGCCUGUGUUUGCCUGUAUCCUCCCCGGCUGCGCUAACUCAUAUCAGACUAAGCAGGGACUGGAGCGUCACUUUAUGUCCAUUCAUAUGCCCAAGCCCAUCGUGAAGCCUGUCGCCCCAGUGGCCCAAUCUACAUCCUCAACAUCGUCUUCAGGAUCAACCAACAACGCGGAUCACACUGUUCGUAGGAGUGGCAACAGCAGUACCACAGGAGGUCGAAAGGGGCGUAUCAAGUCGCAUCGUAUUGGACGUCCACCAGGUUCUGGCCUCAAAGCCCGUCUGGAGCAGGAGGCUAUCCAGCGAGCAUUGGACCAAGUGUUGGCCGAGGAACAGGAGAAUCGUCAGAAACACCAACAGCAACAGCAAGAAAAGGACCAACACGUCAAUCACUCCCUCUUGGCCAGCCACCCUGCUUCGACCCGACAGGACCAUGCGAAUGACGACGAGAACAAACCUAGAGAGGAGCGGUCCUACCUCGAAUUCUUUCCUUACCUCAUCACAACUAUUCGACUCGAAAUCGUGGACCCUUCGGAAGCGGUAGAAUCGACGGCCAUGGUCGAGAGCGAGGAUGCUCACACAACUUCGCCAGCGGCAAGCACAUCUGUCGAUAUUAAGACAUCUCCUGUCGAGGCUGCACCACCACCUGCACAAAUGGAAACAGACGCAGACUCCACACCGUCAACACAGCCGACAACGGAGGUAGAGCAACCGCCCUUCCCUGAGUCAUCAAUUCACCAGGAUCCAGUCGAGGCCGCCCCUCAAGAGAAUGCACCAAAGGAGCAGGAUCUGUUGGAUGUCACGAUGGAGAGCGCAGGCGUGUCAAACGACUUGCUGCAACCAUCUGACGAUGAGAUGGACGCUGAUGGGGCCACCUCGGACCGGGAAGUGUUUUUCGACGCUAAAGGCUUUAUGGAGGGCGAAGCUGAGGAUCCUCAAAACUCAAACUCCGUCGUGCCGCUGGAGAAUGGGUCGUCGGAGCCUGUCGAGCCAACCACCACCAUCAUUACCGCCGCCACCGACACCACUGAGACCUCAGAGAUUAAGGUGGAAAGCGACGCCAUGGACGUGGACACAGACCUGAAGGAAACGAAGGAAGCGAAGGAGUCGACACCAUUCACAACCCUCCUGGACACCUCCACUUUGUCAGAGACUGCGGCCGAGAAGCCUCAGGAGGAACAUACCCCAGGUGCAAGCGUUCAGGAGACAGAGCACAAGCCAGUACAAUCGAGCACGCGACAAUCCAAGGCAGCAGCACAGGCGGCUGCUUUACCUACGAUCAAAAUCACUAUUCCUGCACUACCUCCUUCGUCGACUACUGUGCUUGAACCCAAGACUCCAUUGACGUUGCUCCCCAAAUCGACAUUUCGGUUGAUUCCACGCGAAGAGGAUGAUCUGGAGGAAUACCAUUUACCUACAACACACAAUGUGCGAUAUAUCGAGCCAACGGAGACGGAGCUUGCGGAGCGCGUUGAGUACGACAUGGAUGAGCAAGACGAAAUUUGGCUCAAGGAAGUCAACGCGCAACGACGGAAACAGGACCUGAGCGAAGUGACCUCGACCAUGUUUGAGAAGAUCGUUGACCGACUGGAGAAGGAGUGGUUCGACUUGACGAAGAACAUUCCCAAGCCCACGGAAAAUCUGCCUCCCGAGGACUCUGCUUGCAAUAUCUGCGAUGACGGCGAGUGUGAAAACAGCAAUGCUAUUGUCUUUUGCGACGGCUGCAACCUUGCUGUCCAUCAAGAUUGCUAUGAAGGGGGCGCUUUCAAGCAGACCAACACGAGCAGAUGGGCUCAUCUUCUGUGCGCCAGCUGGAUCCCAGAAGUCGGAGUGGCCAACGUUGUCUACAUGGAACCCAUCGACAAUAUCGAGAAGAUCCCAUCGAGUCGAUGGAAGCUGACAUGUUAUAUCUGCAAGCUCAGGAUGGGCGCCUGUAUCCAGUGUGAGACCAAGAACUGUGUCCGCGCGUUCCAUGUGACAUGCGCACGCAAGGCCCAUCUGUAUAUGAAGUCCAAGUUGUCCAAGGUCUCCAAUUCAGGAGGAGAGGUUUUGGUCUAUCGUGCCCACUGCCACAAGCACACACCACGCGACUACAAAGGAUCAAUCGAUAUCGCAGGAGCGGCAGCUGCGGUGAUAGCAAACAAGGGGCUCAAGAAGAAACGCGUCAAGAUUCGCGCAUUGGACGACGACAGCGAUGAUUUGGACUAUGGUCGCAGCGAUUCGGAGGACACUGUGGAUAGGCGGCUCACUUCUUCCAGUAAGGACAAAGGAUCGACGUCAGCAUUGGCGUCGUCACAGUCACUUGGAGGGUCAAGGACGUCCAAGGCUGCUCUCGCUCACCAGAAGCACUAUACACCUGGCGCUCCUCUGGCGCCUAUGCUGAUCGUCAAUCGCCUUCUGCCAUUUGUUUCCAAGCUUACGGCGAAAGGAGCAGGGCAGAAGAAGUUGUCGGCUCAGAACUUUCUCUAUACCAUCUGCAAGUAUUGGUCGCUGAAGCGUGAGUCACGUCGCGGUGCCCCACUUUUGAAGCGCCUCCAUCUUGAGCCAUGGACAGCGUCAGCCUCGGCCCACCGACAAACAGAGGAAGAAAAGACAAAGAAGCUGCAGACGCAGUUGUUGUUGCGAGGCGAUCUGGAAAAGGUGCGGAUGCUUGCUGAGCUUGUUCGGAAACGUGAGCGGGCCAAGCUGAAGCGACAGGAGCUGCAGAACCGAUACCUUUCCAAGAUUAUGUUCCCACUCAAGACGAUUCUGGAGGACACUCUGCUCGAGCUGGAAAAGUUGGAUCGCCAAAAGUAUUUUGCAUACCCCAUCUCGGCAGAGGAGGUCCAGGAUUACCAUGACGUGAUCAAGAACCCGAUCUCCUUCCAGACCAUCAACGAGAAACUCGUCGCUCACAAGUACCAGUCUGUCGAUGAGUUUUCUGAUGACGUGCGGCUGAUUUACGAGAACUGUAUAACCUACAACAAUGCUGACACGCCCUACUACCGAUCUGCGGUUCGUCAGUCCAAACAAGGAGAGCCACUGCUGGAGAAGGCCAAAGAGGACUACGAGAGUCUAGAGAUUGACCCUAGGACAGGAUUUCUGGCGGUCCCUAUCGAUCAAGAGAUCUUCAGCUACAGCUUGGUGCCUUUCCAAAAGUCUGACGACGAUGAGGAGAACUCUACUCCGGCCGAGGAUCCGCCGGCUACUCCCCUUUCUACCUCUACUGAUACUACUUCGCCGCCCAAACGCAGACGAACGACGGCUGAACCGCCAAAAGCCUCUGGACGGACGCUCAGGGGCACUCCGGGCAGGGUCUCACAGGGAAGCAGCCAGCCACCUACACCCAACGGUGACGCCAAACCACCAACGCCAAUAUUGGAUCAAUCACCCGAAAUCCGUGCGCCUGUACGAGCAACAGCACCCACAAGAGCAGGAGCACCCGUACGAACAGGACUCAAGCCAGAGGCUCCUAAGCUCAAGACGGCGACGCUGACAAGAGCGGAGAUGGCCAGGACUAGGGGGGAGACUGGCGAGAGCGUCGAAUGGGAAGCUGCGGAUGAGAUGCUGGAAAAGUUGAAGCUAAAGUCCAAAAAGUCGCGAAGUCUGGCAAAUAGCUUACAGUCCCGAUUGAAGCCAUCGAUUGUCGACAAGGCGGUGGUGAUCAACAAAAAGGCACCCAAGGGAUGGGCAUAUGUUGUUGUUGAGGGCGAGGAGGACACGACGGAAGGCGAGGAUGGCGACGAUGAGGAGCAGGCUUCUUCAACACGCGCAUCCUCUUUGACUCCUGCUCCUGGGCAAUCGUUGCAAGAUCCAGCAGAAGGAGAUGAUACCGACGCUGCGAAACUGGAGGUGGCCAAGCGUGAUGAGAGCCGACGGAAGGGUAGGGAGAAGGCGCUUCAGAAAAAAUUGGACAGGGAGGCCAAGGCGAAGGACCGUAUGGUGAAAUACCAUAGUCAAAAGGCAGAGAAGGCGCGAUUGCUGGAGGAGACGUUGGCCAGGCGAGCUCGUGGGGAGGAGGUGUCAGAGGACGAGGCUGAGAAGAAGAAAAAGAGUUCCAAGCCAGCUGUUGCCACUCGGACAAGGAGGGUUGCUGGCAAGAUAUCGGACGAAGUCAAUCCAUCUGCGCUCGAUGGAGAUGCCCAGAGGUCACAACCAGGGUCACCGUCGGUUACAAGGCCACAUGUCAAUGGAGGGCAGAAAAGUGGCGGAUCAAGUCCUUCCGGCGAAGCUGUGGAGGGCGGUGCUGGUAAGAGGAAUGCGGGAUCACCAGAGGACACGGAGCAGCAGCAGGAAUGUUCCGAAAAGUCAAUCGAAUCGAACCAUAAACCGACGACAAAGAAGAGCUCUGUGAGCGAGCGUCCGUCCAAGGGCAAGCGGAGAUCCCAUGGGGAUGCGGAGAAGCAUCGUCUUGAGGUGGAUGGGGAUGCGAACGGUGGCGAUAAGGGGGAGGAGGAGUCGGAUGCAGCGGAUCGGUCGGAGGAGAGCGAAGCUGUUCGAGCUAAGGAGGAGCCUCCGCGCAAGCGGCAGAAAAAGGCAGGCCUGGGACGAUUGAGUCCACCAGAAGAGCUGGAUGAUGAGUCUGGAGUGGGCAACCCUCGCCGGUUACGGUCCCAAGAGACAACCCCUCAGGCCGUGAAUGCUGCAGCACUUGGGCCUCGUCGGCCCAGUUUGGCUGGUUCUAGGGGUAGUAGCACCAAGGGUGGUGUUGACAGUACUUCUGGUGAAUACAACCAGCAACAGAACCCAGCUGCAGUGUGA